CGACCAAGCCAGUACCUAGCAAGGAACAACCAAGCAAUCUCCUCUCGCACAUCCAUCUCCGAGCAUCUCCCCUCUCUCACAACGAUGGCAACAACAGCGAAUGGCGCGGCGACGACGACGACGACGAACGGCGUGAACGGCGCCGCCAAUGGCGCGGCGAACGGCGCAAACGGCGCGAACGGCAAGGAGCAGGGGCGGCAUCAGGAGGUCGGCCACAAGAGCCUCCUCCAGAGCGACGCGCUUUAUCAGUAUAUACUGGAGACGAGCGUUUACCCUCGCGAGCCCGAGUGCAUGAAGGAGCUCCGCGAGAUCACGGCCAAGCACCCAUGGUAUAUAAACGAUGAUCGGCGUCUACACCGCUACUCCUCUCGCACCGCCCUCGCCUCCCCGACGACGCCAAUACUGGCAAUGGAUAUCAACCGCGAGAACUACGAGCUCGGCCUGCCGGUGAUCGAGAAGGCCGGCGUCGCGCACAAGAUCGACUUCCGCGAGGGCCCUGCUCUGCCCGUCCUCGAUCAAUUGCUAGAAGAUAAGAAGAACUACGGGUCGUUCGACUUCGUGUUCGUGGACGCGGACAAGGACAACUACCUGAACUACCACAAGCGCCUCCUCGACCUGGUCAAGCCGGGCGGCCUGAUCGCGUACGACAACACGCUGUGGAACGGCACGGUGGUGGCCCCGCCGGACGCCCCCCUGCGCAAGUACGUCCGCUACUACCGCGACUUCGUGCUCGAGCUGAACAAGGCGCUCGCCGUCGACCCCCGCGUCGAGAUCUGCCAGCUCCCCGUCGGCGACGGCGUCACCCUCUGCCGCCGGAUCGCCUGAUCGCUCCAAAUUUCCCCCCACCCCAAAAGCCUCAGAUUUCUGCCUGCUCUCCAUACUGUUGUUAUAUGUCAUAACUUAUUUGUUUCGGGCUUGCAACAGCUUGUGUUACAAAAUCUGGGUGAAAGAAUUAAGUCGCCGUUGUGUAAUAGCUCUUGUUCGUACACCAUAUAAAUCUGAGACCGGGAAAGAAAUUUGAGCUGUGUUAUUAAAAUUAAAAAAAAAUAUCAAUGUUCAUUACAAUCGAUUCCCUUUA